AACGUUCUCUCUAUCUCUCUCUCUCUCUCUCUCUCUCUCUCUCUCUCUCUCGUCUGUCGUCAAAUUUGUUCCAUUUCUCUCGAACGUUCCAAUCGGAUCCCAAAACCGAUUCCACUCUCUCGCGUCUGUCGUCAAAUUUGUUCCAUUUCUCUCGAACGUUCCAAUCGGAUCCCAAAACCGAUUCCAAUCGAGUCCGCCCAAACCCUGACCCGACUCUCCAUCAUGGAAGGAGGCUCGACUGCCGGCGGAGGCGGUGGCCCGGCGCCGUUUCUGCUGAAGACGUACAACAUGGUGGACGAUUCCGCGACGGACGAGAUCGUGUCGUGGAGCUCGAACAAGAAGAGCUUCGUCGUCUGGAACCCGCCCGAGUUCUCCCGGGUUCUGCUCCCCACCUAUUUCAAGCACAACAACUUCUCCAGCUUCAUUCGUCAGCUCAAUACAUACGGAUUUCGAAAGAGUGAUCCUGAGAGAUGGGAAUUUGCUAAUGAAGACUUCAUACAAGAUCAGAAGCAUCUUCUUAAGAAUAUCCACCGCAGAAAACCCAUUCACAGCCACAGCAAUCCUCAAGGUUCUAUGGUUGAUCCAGAAAGAGCAGCUCUUGAUGACGAAAUAGAGAAGCUUUCACAUGAUAAGGACACACUCGAGGCAAGUAUUUCAACGUUCAAACAGCAGCAAUCUGCAGCUAAGCUUCAGUUGGAAAACUUAGCACAGCGGGUGAGUGGUAUGGAACAACGGCAGAAGAAUUUGCUGACAUUCUUAGAUGAGGCUGUUCACAACCCUAAUUUUAUUGAACACCUCUCUAGAAAAAUUGAAUCUAUGGAUUUCUCAGCAUAUAAUAAGAAAAGGCGAUUGCCUGACAUUGAAAACCUACAACCAGUCGUGGAGAAUGGUUUUGUGGAUAACCAAAGUAGUUCCAGAUCUGAGUUUGGAAAUGUUUUCCACCAAGACUUCUCAAGUAAACUUAGACUAGAAUUAUCACCAGCUGUUUCAGACAUGAACUUGGUUUCGCUUAGCACGCAGAGUUCCAAUGAAGAUGGGGGUAGUUCAACUAGGAAAAUAUCUGAAGAACUUAAAGGUGCACAGAUGAGAACAGAAGGGCUUUUAUUUGCACCUGAAACCUUAGAACUUUCAGAUACCGGAACAUCUUUUGCAUUCAAAAUGGAUUCGUUGUUAUUGCUGAAGGCACCAACUGUUGGAAGCCCUAUACGUCAUUCCUUGCAGCCAGGUUUGCCUUCUAAUGAAGAAGGUGAUGGUCAUAUAUCCUGCCAGUUAAAUCUCACUCUUGCAUCUACUCCGUCGCAAGUCAAUAAUAGUCCCUAUUCAGCUGCAGUACCCCAAGUAGGUCAGGAUAUCAACAAAUCUGCAGCAUCAGAGCUAAAUGACAAUGGCAAGGAACCGGAUUUAAGAGCCUUUACAAAAAAAAAUCUAGCUGAUGAUGACAAACCUAAAACUUCCUUCCCAGAAGCCACACAUAACAAUCAAGCACCUGCACUGGUUUCUGUUAGAGUAAACGAUGUUUUCUGGGAACAGUUCCUAACUGAAAGACCUGGCUGUUCAGAGAAUGAAGAAGCGAGUUCUAAUUAUAGGGGAAAUCCAUAUGAUGAGCAAGAUGAUGGAAGGUUCGGCCAUGGAAUGUCCAGAACUGUCAAGGAUGCGGAAACACUCACUCUUUAAGUACUGCAGUCGUGGUGAAGAACUGAUCCAGGUUCACGACAAAGCUCUCUCCUGUCUCCCUUGAUUUGUAAGAUUCACAUUAUAUAAGAUCUGAAACUUGACAUGACAUUGCCUGUUAUUGGUUGGAUAAGUUCAUGCCAAUAUGCAAUUAGUUUUUAGUCAUCACUGGCUACUGUUCAUUGUCAUGUUAGCGUAUUCUGAUAAAGCUGUCUCAGUGUUAGCAGUGUGGUAUUGAUGCAUAUGCUGCAACAACACACUUUUAGUGCAUGGUUAUAGAUUUCUAACUGAUAAAUAGUUGGGCAAUUCACAAUUUGUCUGACAUUAGAUUCUGUUUGUGUAUCUAUCCUUGAUGUAUCCGUUUCCCGUGCUAAAUUUUUGUGCACAUUAAGUGAUCACAUAGAAAAACAAAAUAUCGAUCUCAACCUGAAAUUUGGUGUUUUGUGAU